UUUUUUUGAUAAAGGUCUUUGAAGUGCGAGAGGUUUACAAACUCACGGGAGAAUUGCAGAUUUCUGUCUCUGCCAAAAUAUCAAAAGUUAGUAGUGAAGUUCAGCUAUAAGCUUUUACCACAUUGGUUCUGGUUGUUGAAUAUUUAAAAGAAAAGCUGUAUGACAAUUGAUACCUUCAAUUACAACACAAGAUGCAGAGGUCUACUGAGAACAAGCUCUGCAAGUAAGAAGAUGGACGAAGAAGAAGAAGAAGAAAAGGAAGGUCUGAGAACUGUGGAGUGUCUAAGAGGGAGACUACUUGCAGAGAGGCAAGUUUCAAGGUCUGCUAAAGAAGAAGCAGAGCUCAUUACCAAAAAGAUGGAGGAGCUGGAGGAACAUCUGAAAGAAGAGAUCAGAUUAAGGGAAAAAGCAGAGAAGAGACUAAAGUAUCUGAUGAGAAAGCUUGAAUCCAUAAAAGGGUCACGCAGUUCUGAGAGUUCAUCUGAAGCUUCUUGUUUGUCAUCUGUUUCCACUUCAGCGUCCAAGGAAGAAGAAGGAGAAGAAGAAAAAGAAACCCAUGAAAAUGAAAAUGUGAAGGAGGAUAAAAUUGAUCAAGCAACUGAAAAUGUUGAUUCCGUGGAGAAAAAGCCAAGUUCAAAGCUCAAAGAUGGUUCUUCUGGUGAAGCAAGUGUUGUUGCUUCAACCUCAAGUCAUGAAGGAGAAUCACAGGCUGGUGAAGAUUUUUUAAACUGGUCAGAUACAGUUUAAGCGUUCAAGAAUCAAGAGAUACAUUUCUCAUCCCCUAGACAACCUUGUUUCAGAUUUCAGAACAGUUUCUCCCCAAAGCUACAGCUACUAAUACUAUAUAGAAUAGAAUAAUAUUUUGUGGAAUCUUGAUGGGUUAAGGCAUGAAACUGAAGAAGGUAGAGAGGAAAAAUGGAGAAAAGGAAAAAGGAAGGAGAAGGGGCAUGUGACCAUGAAGGGAUUAAUUGGGGUUUAGGGACACAUUUGAGUUGGGCAGUAGUAUUAAAUUCAUAAGUGUUAGUAGAUUUGGGGAGGACGACACGACACACGUCUGUCUCUUUCUUUUGUUUUAUUUUUGUUAUCAAAGAAUGAAAGUGACGUUUCUUGGAAACUAGUCAUGUUACCGCAUAAAGGAAGCAUUAUACCAUUCAUCACAAUU